AUGAUUUUUAUUGCACCAGGUGCAAUUGAAAGCGGAAAAAUACCUGUAUCCGGUGGAUUAGUAGCUGAAGGAUUAUAUGGUCCACAUCAUCAACAUUUUUUUAAUAUGCGUAUUGAUUGGAUGCUUGAUGGAAUAAAUAAUUCUCUUGUUGAAGUUAAUUGUGAGCCUUUACCAAGAGGACCAAACAAUCCAGAAGGUAAUGCUUGGAUAGCAAAAGAAACAGUUUUAAAAACUGUUGGCGAAGCACGUCGACAACAUGAUGCAAUAAAAGGACGUUUUUGGAAAGUAAUUAAUCCUCAAGUUAAAAAUCAUGUUAAUCAACAAGUUGGUUAUAAAAUUGUACCAUCUAGUCCAGUAUGUUAUCCAUUAUGUGAUUUAGAUUCUUCACAAGGUCAUAGAGGUAUAUUUGCACGUUAUCAUUUAUGGGGAACACGAUAUCAUUCGGAAGAAUUUUUUGCAGCUGGUUAUUUUCCUAAUCAAUCUAAAGGUGAUGAUGAUGGUGUUGCUAUUUAUAGUGAAAAACAUAAAGAUGAAUCAUUAGUUGAAUGUGAUCUUGUUACAUGGUAUACAUUUGGUACAAAUCAUAUUGUUCGAUCAGAAGAUUGGCCUGUUAUGCCUGUUGAAAUUGUUGGAUUUCGUUUACAACCUUUUGGAUUUUUUGCUGGUUGUGCAGCCAUAGAUGUACCACCAUCAGUUCCAAAAUGCUAA